GCUCUUCACGAACCUCAACCCAUUCGCCGUGAUUUCACGCAGCAAAAGAAAUUUUUACGAAAGCUUCUCACCCUUCCGCUCGCGGGUGCCAAAAUAUGCCGGUAACCUACGUUCCGCUGGCUGGCAACAUUUCUGAUGAAGAGUGGCAACAGUUCCUUCAAUGGAGAAGUGGGCGACAGCGAGAGGCUCCACAGAAUGAUGUGGAGCCUCCCACGCAAGACCAGGGUAACACUACUAGCCUUCAUUCUCCCCCUCCGGUUGUAAUCUUGGAUGGGCAUCAAAUCGAUGGACUCGGCCGUCAAGUUGAAGCAGGAGACGUGGGGGCGGACGAGGAUGGAGAACAGCAGCAGAAAAGCGAUAGCCCAUCAUCGAAGCAGUGGAAAGGGAAGAAACGUUCAUUCGGCCGUGAAUACAAGCUUGAGGCAAUCUCGUAAGUCUACAGACAGAUGUUGUUAAGAACUACCACUUAUGAUACUACUAUUCCUGUUAUGCCAACUAAAAACACGCUAGAUAUCUAGAAAAUGGCACUAUGCAGCUCACUCCCAUUUCAUCUGAAACUCCCGUGUCUGUCCGCCACUAUGCCAAAAGAUACGGUGUUGAGCCCAAAAACAUCCGCGACUGGUGACGACAAGUGCAGAAAAUUCGUGACAGCGAGACGGGCUCAAAAUGUAUUGGAAGCGGGCGCAAGCCUGAUUGGCCGGAGAUGGAAGACCGCCUGCAUCGUCUGUUUGCGCUUGAGAGGGGGAAGGGCACGAAAAUAGAGGACAGCACGUGGUUCUUCACGAACGGGAAGAACAUAUUUGAGCAGGUAUACCCGCAGCAUGUAGUACCU